UUCUUUUGACGUCAAAGAAGUAAGGCUUUAUAUUCGCUGGUGGGUCCGUAUAGUACUAAUCGAUUUAGUUUGAUCUACUGAAGAAAGAUCUCGUUUUAUAUAAUGGCAAAAACUGCAGAUAUAGAAAUGGCCAACAGUAAUCCUCAAGGUGAAAGUAAUGGUGAGGAUGACGGAAGAGGGGUUUGCUACUACGUCCUGACUGCAUUAUCAAUCCUGGUUUUUAUCUGUACUCUACCAUUUUCACUAUGCUUUUGCUUGAAGAUUGUUCAAGAGUAUGAAAGAGCUGUCAUCUUCAGACUUGGUCGGCUGCUUCCUGGUGGAGCUAAAGGACCAGGAUUAUUUUUCAUUCUUCCAUGCAUGGACAGCUAUAAAAAGGUGGACCUCAGGGUUGUAUCCUUUGAUGUCCCUCCACAAGAGAUUCUCACAAAAGACAGUGUAACAGUAGCCGUGGAUGCCGUCGUCUACUUCAGAAUUAACAAUGCUACAACUUCAAUCACUCAAGUUGAAGACGCCAACCGCUCCACCCGUCUGCUGGCCCAGACAACCCUCAGGAACGUGCUGGGAACAAAAAAUCUCAGUGAAAUUCUCACUGAACGGGAUAACAUCAGCCACACUAUGCAGUCCACUUUGGAUGAGGCAACUGAUCCAUGGGGUGUUAAGGUCGAGAGAGUUGAAGUCAAAGAUGUACGUCUGCCACAACAGCUGCAGAGAGCCAUGGCAGCAGAAGCCGAGGCAACACGCGAAGCCAGAGCAAAGGUCAUUGCUGCUGAUGGUGAAAUGAAUGCUUCGCGAUCCCUCAAAGAAGCUGCUGACAUUAUUGCAGAAAACUCACAAGCUCUUCAGCUUCGCUACCUUCAGACCUUAACAACCAUCUCUGCUGAGAAAAACUCAACCAUUAUCUUCCCUCUCCCAAUUGACUUUAUCAGUCGUUUUGUUCCUGACAGCAAAUGAGUAAAUUUGUGCAUCAGGGUAAAACCAAUUUGCAGCUAAUAUUGCAUUAUGCAUUAGUAUCCAUGUGUAACUAUUUAAUCACUCUAGAUUUAUUUGUAGGAUAAUUAUUGUAAAAUGAUACUUUGAGCGAAAGUUUUGGACACAACUAGUUUAUAAUUGUCCCAUUUGGGGCUCAGGUAUGUCCUCCAGAUUGUGUCAAUCCAGGUAGAAAAGGUUUCAUUUGUGUAACUUUUCUUUUGCUAAAUUGUGCUUUGUAAUAAAGUAAGAUUUUUUUCUACAA